GGUGGUCUGGGGCAAUGGCUGGAGAAUACAUUAUUGUCUGUCUUCUGCUGAUUGGGUUUUCAUCUCAGACCUGUGACGAGACCCCCUGCCCUAAAGAAAACCAGGAGGUUUUUAACAGGAAUCAGAAAACAAUCCCAGUGACUCUGAAACCAGGUGCCACAGAGGUCUUCUUUCUUGAAAGCGAUAUCCGUGUCAUCCCAAAGGGGGCCUUUGUUACCAACCCCCAGUUAGAUAAAGUGGAGUUCCUCAACACCCCCACUGAGUCCAUAGAAGUGGGUGCCUUCGAGGGACUGGUCAACCUCAAGGAUUUAGAGAUCUCCAAUACCCCACUUACAGCCCUGUCAGUAGGUACUUUCAAAGACGUGAACAACCUGGAAAAACUACUGCUGAAGCUCAACAAGAUCCGUAUUCUAGAGAAAGGACUGUUUGAGGGUCUGACAAAACUGAGAGAACUCCAGUUACACUAUAAUGACAUCACCACAAUCGAAGACGGGGCGUUUGAUGACCUGGAAAACCUUCAGGUCCUCCAUCUUGCCAAGAACAACCUGAUAUCUGUGUCCUCUACCUGGUUCUCAAAGCUUCACAAACUGCAGAUACUCAGGCUUUAUGAGAACCAGCUGACCACCAUUCCUAACGAUCUAUUAAACAAUCUAUCCAAUUUAAAGGAAUUUGCUGCACACGGUAAUAAUAUCACUGCAAUACCUUCCAAUUUGUUCGCACAUAAAGAAAAAAUUACAAAGAUAUCUUUGGAUCAUAAUCUUCUGACUGAAUUGCCUCCAGAAUUUUUUGUCGGGUUCCCUCUUCUCAGAACACUGACAUUGAAUAAAAAUCUACUUGCAAGUCUGCCUCCCGUCCUCUUUGGAGAGAUGACUAAACUGACCGAGUUAAGCCUAAGUGACAACAACCUCACAAGUCUUCCUCAGGGAGUGUUCAGUCCUCUUAUUAAACUCACAAAGUUGGAUCUGUCUAAAAACCGAUUUGCCACCCUAUCUGAAAAGCCUUUUGAGGGACUUGGGGAGCUAAAAGAAUUAAAUCUCCAAUACAACCAGAUUGAAUCAUUGAAAGCAGGCAUCUUUCAAAACCUAAAAUCACUAACCACUCUUAAACUGGCCCAUAACAACCUGGUGACACUUCCAGAGGGUAUAUUUGAGCCUUUACCAAAACUCAGCAAAGUCUAUUUAAACAACAACUCUUGGCAUUGUGACUGCAGAAUGGUCCCACUCUUCAACUGGAUGAAGUCAAACCACAUGAAGAUCAAGUCCCCAACUCCUGACAUUUGUGACCAACCAGAGAAUUUAAAAGGAAAGGAAAUACAAUCUCUUGCAGAGGGACAGCUUAUUUGUCCCCCUCCACUGUGUUGUCCCUGUCCUUGGCCAUCUGGUCAUGCUUCUGACCUGGACUAAGUUUAAAUAGACUCUAGACUCAGCCCACAUGCAUUUAUUAAAUAUUACUAUUACUAUUAUUAAUCUCCGCUCCAAUAACAUUCUGACUCUGAAUAUCCCACGUGUAACAACUGAAUUUGGUAAGACUGCUUUUAGUUAUGUUGCUCCUUGGUGUUGGAAUUUGCUCCAAAAAGUUUUGAAGCUUUCUGUUUUCAUUCCACUUGAACAUUUUAAACAAUUACUUAAGCAAUCCAAAUCUGAACAAUGCGCAUGUUUUAAAUAACCCCUUUAUGUUAUUUUUAAUAAUUUCAUAUGUUUUGUAAAUCAAUUUUGUUGUUGUGACUGUUUCUAUGAUUCUGUGUAAUUUGUGUAACUGUUGCCCCAGGGCUCCCUUGUAAAAGAGAUUUGAUUAUAUCAAUGGGACAUCCCCUGGUAAAAUAAAGGAUAAAAAAAAUUUAAAAAAUUACAAUUUGUACUCUUAAUAUGUUCACCCGGCAC